GGCUGGACCGGCGAGCCGGGCCAUGGGGGCGCUGCUGCUCCGGGGGUACCGAAUGUUGGGGAGCUCCUGCCCGGAGUGCGGGACGGUUCUGCUGCAGGACAAGGAGCAGCGGCUGCUGUGCGUGAGCUGCCAGGACCCCGAGCAGGGCCACGCCGCCGCCGCCCCUCCCCCCGGCCCUCCCCGCCCCGAGCGCUGCGAGGGCGCGGCCGCCGCGUUCCGGGGCUCCCCCGCCCAGCCCCCGGAGCCCCCCGGUGCUGAUGCCGGUACCGAUCCCGAUCCCGAUGGCGCCACCGGGGCCGCGGUGGCGGCGGCGCGGGCGGCGCUGCUGCAGAAGCUGCUGUGGGCGGCGCGGGAGCUGCCCCGCAGCGGCUCCGUGGAGGGCAGCGCCCGCCUCUGCCGCCUGGUGCGGGACUGCGCCCCUGCCCUCAGGGGGCUGCGCGACCUGGAGCCCCCCGGGAGCCACCCGGGACAGUCUGAGACACCGUGAGACCCCCGGGACCCCCUCGUCAGGGCACCCCGAGACUUUCUGAGAGCCCCGGAGCCACCCUGGGGCACCCCGAGACACUCUGAGAGCCCCGGAGCCACCCCAGAGCACCCAGGGCAGUCUGAGACAUUCUGAGACCCCCCCCAAGGCACCCCGAGACCCCCCCCAGGACAGUAUGAGACACAUGAGACCCCCGGGAGCCACCCUGGACCACCCCCAGGGCAGUCUGAGACAUUCUGAGACCCUGGAGCCACCCUCAGGCAAUCUGAGACACCCUGAGCCUCCCCCUGGACACCCCCCAGGACACCCUGAGACCCCGGGACACCCUGAGACCCCCCGCCGGGACAGUCUGAGACAUUCUGAGACCCUGGGCCUCCCUCAGGGCACCCCGAGACAUUCUGAGACCCCCGGAGCCACCCAGGCAAUCUGAGACACCCUGAGCCUCACCCUGGACACCCCCUGGGACUUCUGAGACCACGGGGACGCCCUGAGACCCCCACAGACUCCCCCCGGGGCACUCUGAGACCCCCAGGAGCCAUCCCGGACCCACCCAGGACACCCAGACCCCACCUCCGGGGCAGUCUGAGACAUUCUGAGACCCCCGGGAGCCCCCCUGGACUCCCCCCCGGACUCCCUGAGACCCCCGUGGUACCCUGAGCUCCCUGGGGCACUCUGAGACCACCCUGGGGCACCCUGAGACCCCCGGGAGCCACCCUGGGAGCCACCCCCAGGACACCCUGGGACCCCCAGGAGUCACCCCAGACCCCCUGGGAGCCAACCUGGGGCACCCCGAGACCCCCAGAGCCCCCCUGGAGCCACCCCAGGACACUCUGGGACCCCCAGAGCUCCCCCAGGACGCGGCUCCGGUUUAAACAACCCGGGUUUGGUGCGUAAUGGAGUUUUAAAAGUGAUGGAUGUAAAAAUAAAUUUUAUAUAAAAGGGA